AUGAGUGCGCGUUUUAACAAAAUACUUUUCUAUUCUUCAGUGGGAGUUCCAGACAUGACGGCAAGAAUAGUUUUCCGUAUCACAGUUGUGGCUCUCCUGGUCUACAGCGCAGUAACUCAAAAAUGUCCUGCAAGUGGAAGAUCCGAGAGCUCCAUCAUUGGCUGGAUGUUACGGGGACACGUAUACGACACUCUUCUAGCGGAACUUCCCUUUACAUGCGUAUUCAAGUGUCGCCAAGACAAUCGAUGCCAAAGUUUUAACUGGGUAAUCUCUCUUCUCACCUGCGAGUUUAACAACAGGACAAAAGAAGCCAGGCCGGAGGACUUCAUUCCAAACCCGGAAAGAUCUUACUAUCCACGCGAUUUAAAGCGAGGUGAGCCAGCAUACCAGGAAGGGGGGAACUCCCUAUAAUGGGGACCAAGUUACAUUUUGCCUAAACUGCGCUUGAAGAUUUAGGCUCAAAUCUGUCUUUUGGAGUAAAUUGAAGACCGAUGCUCAGAUGUCAAUAAAAACAAAGGUGGAAGUUCCAGGGGAUCGAAAAGCUUUUAAGCAACAAAUUUGAGUCCUUAACUUUUUAAGUCCUUGCGUAGCGUGUACGUCAACAAUGACUUUACCAUGGAAACCGAAUUUUGACAGCCGUGUUUACAAAAUUAGCAUUUUCUAUAAAACCUGAGGUUUUAUUUCUAUGUUUACUAAUUGUAUCAUUAUAGUUAUCACUUAAUUUAGCAUUAUUUACAUAUUAUUAGUCACAUUUUAUUGACAACAUGGAAGCACCUGGUGCCAAAGUAAGAUGCGCUGGGUGCGAUUGUUGAAAGAGCUUAUUUUGCUUUUUCUUUUGCAGGUUUUUUUUGUUUUGUUUGUUUAUAUAUUUAAUAUUUUUCCAACUAACAUUUUCCCCUUUCCUUCUACUUCUUGCCACUUCCUUCUUCUCUCUCUCCCAUUCCCCACUUCGGCAUUACGUAAAAAGUAUGCAGGGUUAAAAAGCAUACUGAUGAAUUAACAUAGAUCUGUUUCUGACCGUUUAGUUCCCCUUGGUUCGAUUCAAGAACUGCCAGCUGAAACUUGUGACGAAAUAAAGAGGAGUGAAGGACACGCUGUUAGCAAGAAAUACUGGUUUUCCACUGUAAAAUCUGGUACAUCUGUAAUGGCUUAUUGCAAUAUGAAGACCAACGGUGAGUUUGGUCAGACGAGUUAUAGAUAAUCGGCGAGUGAAAGGCUUGAUGUUAAGUUUUUCGAUAUUUUAUCAUGCCUCAUCGCUGACUAAUUUUUAGCGGGAGAUGUAAACUAAUCAUGCAAACACAAACACAAAAAAUAUGAAAAAAAAAAUUUUGAGCAAAAAAAUCAUGUUAGAUAGAAAGGGUUAAUGCCGUUCAAUAAUGUUUGUUUGUGUAGACAUUGACGAAUGCAGUGUUUCCCAUUCUGUAUGUGACAUCAACGCCAACUGCUCCAAUACUCGUGGAUCUUAUUACUGCACUUGUAAGGCAGGAUACACUGGCGAUGGAAAAACUUGCCAAGGUAAUAUAAGAUACUUUAGCUAAUUUCAACAGGACUGAAUAUUUCCAUUAAGAAAGUGUUUUUUUUUAAAUAAAUUUUGUUCUUCUUAGACACUGACGAGUGCAGUGCUUCUCCUUCUGUAUGUGACGUUAAUGCCAACUGCUCCAAUACUCGUGGAUCUUAUUACUGCACCUGUAAGACAGGAUUUACAGGUGACGGAAAAAAUUGCCAAGGUAGGAGAAAAUACUUAAGCUUAUAAGUUAGUUUACUGCCGUACCAUCAGAGAUGGCAGUUUCCUGGAGACGUGUGACAUCAUUUAAAAUGACGGCUAAUAAUAAGAUCGCGGUAAUCCAUCGAAUCCGUGUUUGUUUCUGGUAUCGGGACGCUUGAUGUGUUUUCUACACUUAAAAUGCAACGUUUGAACUCAAUUAUUUAACGAAAAGUGAUGUUUAAAUAGACGGCUUCACGACUGUAGUUGCAUUAUGGGUAAUCAGGGCAAGAGGGCAGGAAAUUCAAAAAUUUGCAUUGGCAUUCAAAGCCAGCUAAUUCUUCCUUAAUUCAUACAUUUGAUGCUUUCUCCUUGAAGAUAAUAAAUUUAUUUAGGAGUUCAAAGCACUAAAUCUGGGUUGCAAAGAAGUCCGUGAUCAGUUAUUAGAAAAUUUCUCCUUUCAUUUUCUGUACUUCGAAGGAAUCAAAGGGCGCUUUCCAUUUAGUCAAAAUUUCCGGAAUUUCCGGUUCGGCGGUAAAUGGAACACGUUUCGUCGGUUCGUCCCACUGGAAAAUUCCCAGAAAAAGUGGAAAAUCUAAAAAGGUGGUCCCGUUUUCCCGGUUGGAAUUUCCGAACGGAAUGUCGUGUUCCAUUGACUUUUCUUGUAGUUUGUACCAGUUCCAGGUCCACGGUCGGGCACCCGGCCACGUACCGGGGUUUACGACCAAAUGGAACAACUUUUUACCGAUCGGAAAUUCCACUUUUGCUACCACCGAAAUUUCCGGGUUUUUUUCGUAAAUGGAAAGCGCCCAAAAUUACUGUAACAGAAAAUGUAUGGAAAAAUUGAGGUUUUCUAAAAACUGAUCUUGGACUAUUAUGCAAUGCAGAUCAGCUCACAAGUUACACUUUUCAAAGAGAACGUGGUAAAUAUAUAUGAAUUCAGGAACAAUAAGCUGGCUUUAAAUUCCAAUACAAAUCUUUGACUUUCCCGUCAUCUUGCCCUGAUUACCCAUGAUGCAACUAUGAGCGUAUUCAAAGAUGGCUACUGAAAUCGGAUCCCUUGACGUUGCACGUGCAAGCUAGUGAAGACUGGGUUUUUGGAAUUGCCAUUUUGUACAUUGUUUGUAUUUUAGUAUUUCCUCCAUUUAUUUUUAUUACAGGCCAUUGAUAUUUUAUUACAGAUUCGAAGAUACCAUUCAUAAGAUUUCAGUUAUGUAUCACGGAUAACAGGAAUAAAUGGUCGGGAGAAGGGCAAGAUAUUGUGAAACUAAUUACAUGCCUUAUGAUUAAAUUACAGUUUUAUUUAGGGUAAACAGAAAAAAAGAUAAGUAUAUGAAGUAUGAAAUAUAAAAGAGAGAAAAAAGAAAAGUACACAAAAAUCCCUAAGAACAUAAGAGGGUCGGUAUGGCGGUGAUUAUACUGAGCAAGAUAACGGGUAGUAUAGUGUUCGUUUAAACUUUUAAAUCUCUAAUGUCAAUUUUAUUACGAGGAAAGGGACUUAGCGUAGGAUCAUGCGAAAGAGUCAAGACUGGCAAAUUAUGCUUAAUAGGCAGGGGUGCCACGACAGCCGUGAGCCAGUUACAGUGGUCCCAGAGCUAAAAAGAUAUGUAAGAAACAGUAAAACUUCUUAUGAUCAUUAAAAACAACAACGGAGACGGCCGAUAGACACGUUACGUUACAUUAGUCUGUCCCUCAAUAUGUUUGGUCACAAAUGAACGGUAGAUCCAGUAUACUUUGUAGCGCGCUUCUGGACACGCUCGAGCUUUCGAAUCAGGUCUAUUGACUGGGGAGUCCAGACUUGCGUGGCAUAGCCAAGGUGGGAUCUUACUAGGGUAAAGUAUGCCGUGUCUAACCGUAAUGCUUUUGACGAGUCUGGUGGCUGGUGUUUCUCCGUACAUAUCCCAGGGGGCCUGCUGGCCUUUAAGCGCAUUGCACAUUGACUUGCUUAUUCUGCGGGAGGGUCUCAGUGAUGUAAGAUCCUUCUCGGCAGAGUCAACUUCAAGCUGAGAGCCGGCCAUAUGAUAGACAAAGAUGACGGGUUUAAGUUUCCUAGUAUGCGCUGCGCUUUGUAUUUGCUGUAGUUAAAGUUUAGGCUAUCUGACUUGGUCAAGUGGUCAGAUUCUUCUAGGUCCUCCUGAAGUUUUUCUGCAUGGCGCGUUGAUGUUAUUUCUUUGAAAACCUUUGUGUCAUCAGCAAACGCGGCAAUCUGGCUUGAUCUAACAACAUCUGGCACAGAGUUCAGACACAGAAGGGUUGUGGGUUGAUUAUGGCGGAUUGCCGAUUGCAGACAUUGCAGAUGAUAAUGAGAGAUGCAAAAAAAGUGUGUUGAGUUCUGACAAAGACAGCUAAAAAGGAGCAGCUAGAUGGAAACCAUGAAACAUUUUUCCCUUCUUGAUGCAUUUUUAGUUCUAUUAAGAAUUCAAAGUGGACUAGUGAUUUUUUAAUUAGAGUUGCUUUUCUUAGACAUAGACGAAUGCAGUGCUUGCCCUUCUGUAUGUGACAUCAACGCUAACUGCUCCAAUACUCGUGGAUCGUAUUCCUGCACUUGUAAGGCAGGAUUUACAGGCAAUGGAAAAAACUGCCAAGGUAGGAGAAAAUACUUUAGCUAA